AUUUUAAAAAGUCAUAAUAGGUUAAUUUUUUACAUUCUUACUUAAAAAAAUGACUUAAACAGAUUCAACAAUAAUCCAGAUAGUUCCAGUUUAAAGCUAACACGUUUCAGUAGUUUAGAUCUCCACCUGGCAGGCAGAAGAAACCAAUGUGCUCAUUUUAACUUUCUUUUUUAAACACAGUCGCACACUUGUGACGUCACUCAGGGGUCCUCCAUGAACGUGUGUCUCCACCAGUCAGUAAGAGACGAUGGCGACCGUCAGGAAGAAGGUGGACAACCGGAUCCGAGUCCAGAUCGAGAACGGAGUCGCUCUGCAGCACCGGACCAUCUAUGUGGUGGUGGGGGACCGAGGCAGAGACCAGGUUGUCAUUCUGCAUCACAUGCUGUCUAAAGCUGCCGUCAGAGCUCGACCUUCUGUACUCUGGUGCUACAAGAAAGACCUGGGAUUCAGCAGCAAUCGGAAGAAGCGUAUGAGACAGCUUCAGAAGAAGAUCAAAACUGGCACAUUGAAUCUGAAUCAGGACGACCCGUUUGAACUCUUCAUCGCUGCAACCAACAUCCGAUACUGUUACUACAACGAGACACACAAGAUCCUGGGAAACACCUACGGCAUGUGCGUCUUGCAGGACUUUGAAGCUCUCACUCCCAAUCUCCUCGCAAGAACUGUUGAGACGGUUGAAGGAGGCGGUAUAGUGGUGAUUCUACUCAGGACAAUGAACUCUCUCAAGCAGCUGUACACCAUGACCAUGGACGUGCACUCUCGAUACCGCACAGAGGCUCAUCAGGAUGUGGUGGGAAGGUUCAAUGAGAGAUUCAUUCUGUCGCUCGCAUCCUGCAAAAACUGUGUUGUUAUUGAUGACCAACUCAACAUCCUGCCAAUCUCCAGCCACAUGGCAAACAUCAAGGCCGUUCCUCCAAAGACUCAGGAGGACGGUUUGUCUCCACGAGAACAGGAGCUGAAGGAUCUGAAGGAGUCCCUUCAGGACACUCAGCCUGUUGGUGUGUUAGUGGAUAGCUGCAGGACCAUGGACCAGGCUAAAGGAGUGCUGAAGUUCAUUGAGGCGAUCUCUGAGAAGACUCUGAGGAGCACCGUGGCUCUGACUGCUGCCCGUGGUCGAGGCAAGUCUGCAGCACUGGGGCUGGCUGUCGCUGGAGCUGUGGCUUUUGGCUACUCCAAUAUCUUUGUAACCUCACCGAGCCCGGACAACCUCCACACUAUGUUUGAAUUCAUCUUCAAAGGCUUUGAUGCUCUGCAGUAUCAGGAGCAUCUUGACUAUGAAAUCAUCCAGUCGUUGAAUCCAGACUUCAACAAAGCUGUGGUGCGAGUAAACAUCUUCAAAGAGCACCGGCAGACAAUUCAGUACAUCCACCCAGGUGAUGCAGUGAAGCUGGGCCAGGCUGAACUGCUGGUCAUUGAUGAGGCUGCAGCCAUCCCUCUUCCUCUGGUUAAGAAGCUGCUGGGACCUUAUCUGGUUUUCAUGGCCUCGACCAUCAACGGGUAUGAAGGCACUGGGCGCUCUCUUUCCCUCAAACUGAUUCAGCAGUUGAGACAGCAGAGUUCAGACAGUCAGCAGAGCAUGUCGGCACAGAACAGGUCCACCAACACAGAGCGGCUCGCAGCAGCUCGCUCACUCCAUGAGGUUUCUCUUCACGAGUCCAUUCGGUACGCUCCAGGGGACGCUGUUGAGAAGUGGCUGAAUGACCUGCUCUGUCUGGACUGUCUGAACAUACCCAGGCUCAUUUCUGGCUGCCCACUUCCACAGACUUGUGACCUAUAUUAUGUGAACAGAGACACACUGUUCUGUUACCACAAGGCGUCUGAGGCUUUCCUGCAGCGGUUGAUGGCCCUCUACGUGGCAUCGCACUACAAGAAUUCACCAAACGACCUGCAGAUGUUGUCCGAUGCUCCAGCCCAUCACCUCUUCUGCCUCCUGCCACCUGUUCCUCCCACACAGAACUCACUACCUGAGGUCCUCGCUGUGGUGCAGGUGUGUCUGGAGGGAGAAAUAUCUCGGCAGUCCAUCCUAAACAGUUUGUCCAGAGGAAAGAAGGCCUCUGGUGACCUCAUUCCCUGGACGGUGUCAGAACAGUUCCAAGACCCAGAGUUUGGCAGCCUCUCUGGAGCCAGAGUGGUGCGAAUUGCUGUCAAUCCAGACUACCAAGGGAUGGGCUACGGCUCCAGAGCUCUCCAACUGCUGCAGAUGUAUUAUGAGGGCAAGUUUCCCACCAUGGAUGAGAGCACACACUCAAAUCCCAACGAGAUCACCUCCGUCAGCAGUGAGGCUGUCAGUCUGCUGGAGGAGGUGAUCACUCCACGGAAGGAGCUCCCUCCUCUGCUGCUGAAGCUGAGUGAGAGGAGAGCAGAGAGACUGGACUAUCUCGGGGUUUCAUAUGGCCUUACUACGCAGCUGCUCAAGUUCUGGAGGAAAGCGGGUUAUACUCCAGUCUACUUAAGACAAACCCCUAAUGACCUGACAGGAGAGCACUCUUGCGUGAUGCUGAAGGAGCUGAACACAGAUGAAGCAACAGAGCAGAGCCAGUGGCUGUCUGCCUUCUGGAAAGAUUUCCGUCGGCGCUUCCUGUCUCUCCUCUCCUACCAGUUCAGCCGCUUUCAUCCGAGCCUGUCACUCAGCAUCCUGCAGAACAAGAAGUCCAAGGAGGAGAGGAGCAUUCUCAGUAGCUCCGAGCUGGCAUCCCUUUUCAGCCCAUACGACCUCAAACGUCUGGAACUGUAUUCGAGGAGCAUGGUGGACUACCACCUCAUCAUGGACCUGAUCCCAACGGUGGCUCGCAUGUUUUUCCUCAAGCAGCUCGGUGACGUCUCUCUCUCGGCAGCACAGUGUGCAUUACUGCUGGGUAUAGGGUUACAGCACAAAUCAGUAGAUCAGCUAGAAAAGGAAAUUGAACUCCCAAGCUCGCAGCUCAUGGGCCUCUUCAACCGUCUGAUCCGAAAAUUUGUGCAAGUCUUCACCAGCAUCCAAGAAAAAGCUAUUGAGGCAGAGAUGGCGACCAGUCAAGACGUUUCCAUGGAGCCGACCGUCAGAAGCCUUAAUGAUGAUCUGAAUGAAGCAGCCCAGGAGUUUGAGGAGAAACACAAGCAGGAUGUAGAGAAAGUGAAGGAAAUGGACAUGGAAGAGUACAGGAUACGUGGAGAUGAUGAGGAAUGGGACCAGGUGUUGAAGGAAGCAGGAAACACAGCUAUCGUCAGCAUCAAGAGUGACAAGAAGAGGAAGUUGGAUGGGGGAAACGCUAAAGCAAGCAAUGGGGCUCCCGAGCACGGGAAACUAAAGAAGAAGGAAAUGCAAACUGGCAAAUUCAAGAAAAGCAAGGACAAACAUGGCAAAUUUGGGAAGAGGGCGUGACAGCUGCAUUGACAGGAUGGUGUGUGGGAACAAAGAAGCAUCAACAUGAUCUGUAAUUUGGAGAACUUUGGAUAAUAUUGGAUUGACUUGCAAAUACCGAAGAGAAGAGCAUCCAAAAGACAGGAUGUUAUCUUUUUUUGUUUGAUUUAUGAUGUGUGCAACACUGCGCAGACUGUAUAUCAGCAGAAAAUAACACACUUACACAUGUCAUACUAAAUAGUAGUCAUUUACUUGUGGUUAUUGCAAACAUUUUUGCAAACAUUAUUUUACGUGUUCCCUUUUUAGUUGAUGUCAUGAUUCUACAAAGACUUGUAAAAAG